CGCAGUUUUCAGGACGAGAAGAAGCUCUUCGUUGGCGACUUUCUGGAGAGUGGCGAGGUGGGCGGCGAUCUGGACGGCUCCGAGCUGGCGAGCUUGUGCGCGAGCAAACAUUGGUAUCCUGAGGAGAAGGCCGUGAUUGUGUCGUGUGAGCCUGUGCCGGGCGGGCUGGCGUCGGUCAAGAAUGGGGCGUUGAACUGUGUUCGCUUUGCCAUCGAGAUUGGAGGUGCUUCCACAGCCCAACUCAUCCUCCCCCGAAUAGCCCUGCGCUCCGUCUCGGACAUCAGCAACCUCCAUGGCGCCCAGCAGAAUAAAGGCGCCGGCCUAGACUACAUGUUCUCCGUGCCCCAGAUCCGCUCCGCCCUCCAGGCUCACUGUCCGCAGCUCAAAGUCCACGACUCUCUCGACGCCCUCUACGAUAGACCCUCCCUCCUCAAGCCCUUGGACCUCGGCCUCUCCCAGCUCACGAGAGAGUUCAUCAGCUAUGAGGACAUUCCGACCACCAUCCUCGCGCAACCCCAGAACCUGUCGUCUUUCUUUCAGGAUUAUUUGGACUCGAAUCUGCCGCCUGAGAAGCGCCAUUAUCCCGUGCGCGUGCACCUGGCAAAUACACUCUUUGCCUGGCCCGCCCACGAGGCAGGCACCUCUAGCCUGAGGUCAGACUUUGGAAAACUCCUCCGCACCCGUGACGACGUCAAGGCCCUCGCCGCCUCUGCCCUGUACAACCUCGCCAAAGUGUACUCCCUCCCCCUCCCCUCACCGCGCAGCGACAGAAGCGCCGCGCAGACCGCCGAAAGCCUCGUGGGCAUGCACCUGCGCACCGAAAAGGACGCCCGCGACUCGUGGUCCUUCUUCCCCGGCUACGACGACCAGACGGCCUACUUCUUCGCCCACCUCGAGAGCCUCCCCACCCUGCCCCCGCCCCCUGGCGCACCGCCCGGCAAAAAGGGCCGGAAGCUGGCAUACCUGGCCACAGGCCUGACCGCCACCGACAGCGACGUGGUGCGCUUCCGCGCCCGCGCCGCCGAGCUCGACACCACCGUCCUGCUGAAGCGCGACCUCCUCGACGAGACCGAGGUCGCCGCCCUCAACAGGCUCACGUGGGACCAGCGCGCCCUCGUCGACUACGAGAUCCUGCUGCGCGCCGGCACCGUGCUGGGCAUCGUCGAGAGCAGCUUCGCCUGGGACGUGGCGCUGCGCAGGGCCAUGGCCUAUACGAGUUCCGCACAGCAGCAGGACAUCAGCAACUCGUUUACGGCGAGACCCGGUACUGUU